AAGAGGGUGUCGAAGGGCAUUGGGGGAUCCUCACCAAAACCAUUAAAAAAGGAACACUCGCUUUAGAAAAUGAGACAGCAUGUCUGACAAAAUGUCCAGUUUUCUAUACAUCGGGGACAUCGUGUCCCUGUAUGCCGAGGGCUCCGUCAACGGCUUCAUCAGCACCCUGGGGCUAGUGGAUGACAGAUGUGUGGUGCAUCCGGAAGCAGGCGAUCUAGCCAACCCUCCCAAGAAAUUCAGAGAUUGCCUUUUCAAAGUGUGUCCUAUGAACCGAUAUUCUGCACAGAAACAAUACUGGAAGGCCAAGCAAGCCAAACAAGGAAACCACACAGAAGCAGCCUUGCUUAAGAAAUUACAGCAUGCUGCAGAACUGGAACAAAAGCAAAAUGAAUCAGAGAACAGGAAGCUGUUGGGAGAAAUUGUUAAAUAUAGUAAUGUGAUACAACUACUACACAUAAAAAGCAACAAGUACCUAACAGUCAACAAGCGCCUGCCUGCCUUACUGGAGAAGAAUGCCAUGCGUGUGUCCUUGGAUGCAGCGGGAAAUGAAGGGUCUUGGUUUUAUAUUCAUCCCUUUUGGAAACUGAGGAGUGAAGGUGACAAUAUUGUGGUAGGAGAUAAAGUUGUGUUGAUGCCAGUCAAUGCUGGACAGCCACUACAUGCAAGUAACAUAGAGCUUCUAGACAACCCAGGAUGUAAAGAGGUUAAUGCUGUUAAUUGCAACACUAGCUGGAAAAUCACUUUGUUCAUGAAAUACAGUUGCUACCGUGAAGAUGUUCUCAAAGGGGGUGAUGUUGUUAGAUUGUUUCAUGCAGAACAAGAAAAGUUUCUGACCUGUGAUGAAUAUGAGAAAAUACAAUAUAUUUUUCUUCGUACGACUUUGCGUCAGUCAGCUACAUCUGCCACAAGUUCUAAAGCACUCUGGGAAAUUGAGCUCAAUCCGGAUUAUCGAGAUGCCAAUAAUGAAGGAAAAGUGGUGAGAGAUGGUGACCUUCUUACUUCAAAGAAGAAACGCCAAGCAGGGGAGAAGAUUAUGUAUACUUUGGUCUCUGUACCACAUGGAAAUGACAUUGCAUCACUCUUUGAAUUAGAUGCUACCACUCUUCAGAGAGCUGAUUGCCUAGUGCCAAGGAACUCAUAUGUUCGGUUGAGACAUUUGUGCACCAAUACAUGGGUAACCAGCACGAGUAUCCCUAUAGACACCGAUGAAGAGAGACCUGUAAUGCUGAAGAUUGGAACUUGCCAAACAAAAGAAGAUAAAGAAGCUUUUGCCAUUGUGUCAGUUCCUCUCUCGGAAGUUCGGGAUUUAGAUUUUGCCAAUGAUGCAAACAAAGUCUUAGCAUCCACAGUGAAAAAAAUGGAGAAUGGAGCAAUAACUCAGAAUGAAAGACGAUUUGUAACAAAGUUAUUGGAAGAUCUCAUUUUCUUUGUUGCUGAUGUUCCUAAUAAUGGACAAGAUGUUCUGGAUGUGGUAAUCACCAAGCCAAAUCGGGAAAGGCAAAAAUUAAUGAGGGAGCAGAACAUAUUGGCACAAGUGUUUGGAAUUCUUAAAGCUCCUUUUAAGGACAGAGGGGGAGAAGGUUCAAUGCUGAGACUUGAAGAUCUGGGGGACCAGAGAUAUGCUCCCUACAAGUACAUGUUGAGGCUCUGUUAUCGAGUUCUUAGACAUUCCCAGCAGGACUAUCGGAAAAACCAGGAAUAUAUUGCGAAGAAUUUCUGUGUCAUGCAAUCCCAGAUUGGUUAUGAUAUUUUGGCAGAAGAUACUAUCACAGCUUUGUUGCACAACAACAGAAAACUACUAGAAAAACAUAUCACAGCAAAAGAAAUUGAAACAUUUGUUAAUUUACUCCGGAGGAACCGGGAGCCAAGAUUUUUGGAUUAUUUAUCAGACUUGUGUGUAUCUAAUACCACUGCCAUACCAGUGACUCAAGAACUCAUCUGCAAAUUUAUGCUGAGUCCAGGAAAUGCUGACAUCCUCAUUCAAACCAAGUUGGUUUCCAUGCAAAUAGACAAUCCUUUGGAGUGCUCCAUCCUGUCAGAUGAUAUCGAUGAUGAAGAAGUUUGGCUCUAUUGGAUUGACAGCAACAAGGAACCUCAUGGCAAAGCUAUCCGGCAUCUUGCACAAGAGGCUAAAGAAGGCACAAAGGCUGAUUUAGAAGUCCUCACCUAUUAUAGGUACCAAUUGAACCUCUUUGCAAGGAUGUGUUUGGAUCGCCAGUAUCUGGCCAUAAACCAGAUUUCUACCCAGCUUUCAGUGGACUUGAUCUUACGCUGUAUGUCAGACGAAAGCCUGCCAUAUGACCUGCGAGCCUCUUUUUGCCGCCUCAUGCUUCACAUGCAUGUGGAUAGAGAUCCCCAAGAAUCAGUGGUCCCUGUUCGCUAUGCAAGACUGUGGACGGAAAUACCUACCAAGAUCACAAUAUAUGAAUAUGAUUCUAUUACAGACUCUUCGAGAAAUGAUAUGAAGAGGAAAUUUGCACUGACAAUGGAAUUUGUUGAAGAAUACUUGAAAGAGGUUGUAAACCAGCCAUUUCCUUUUGGUGAUAAAGAGAAAAACAAGCUUACAUUUGAGGUGGUGCACUUGGCUCGAAAUCUUAUUUACUUUGGAUUUUAUAGUUUUAGUGAGUUGCUAAGACUGACAAGAACACUUCUGGCUAUUCUGGAUAUUGUACAGGGACCCAUGUCAUCCUACCUUGAAAGAUUAAGCAAAUUUCAAGAUGGAGGGAAUAAUGUCAUGCGAACUAUCCAUGGUGUUGGAGAGAUGAUGACCCAAAUGGUACUCAGUAGGGGAUCUAUCUUUCCCAUGUCUGUGCCUGACGUACAGCCCAAUACCCAUGCAAUCAAACAAGCAAGUACUAUCGAUAAUGAAGAUGUAACUGUUAUGGACACGAAACUAAAGAUAAUUGAAAUUUUACAGUUUAUUCUGAGCGUUAGACUAGACUAUAGGAUCUCAUAUAUGCUGUCUAUCUAUAAGAAAGAAUUUGGAGACAAUAAUGAAAAUCCUGAAAACUCUACUACUACUCCCCCUGACACACCACUUUCAUCAGCUAUUGUUCCUGAUAUAGAUGAAAUUGCAGCCCAGGCAGAGACCAUGUUUGCUGGGAGAAAAGAAAAAAAUCCAGUACAACUUGAUGAUGAAGGAGGAAGGACAUUUUUACGAGUUCUUAUUCAUCUAAUCAUGCACGAUUAUCCUCCUUUACUAUCAGGAGCCCUGCAGUUGUUAUUUAAGCACUUCAGUCAAAGAGCAGAAGUUUUACAGGCUUUUAAACAGGUACAGUUAUUAGUAUCUAAUCAAGAUGUAGACAACUACAAACAAAUCAAAGCUGACCUAGAUCAACUACGACUGACUGUGGAAAAAUCUGAGCUGUGGGUUGAGAAGAGUAGCAGCUAUGAAAAUGGAGAAAUGAGUGAAAGUCAAGUAAAAGGGGGAGAAGAGCCAAAUGAGGAAUCAAAUAUUUUAAGUCCAGUGCAAGAUGGAACCAAGAAACCUCAAAUUGACAGUAAUAAGAGCAACAAUUACAAGAUUGUAAAAGAGAUUUUAAUCAGAUUAAGCAAACUCUGUGUCCAGAAUAAAAAGUGUCGAAAUCAGCAUCAACGUUUGCUUAAAAAUAUGGGAGCUCAUUCAGUGGUGUUGGACCUUCUACAGAUACCCUAUGAAAAGUCUGAUGAAAAGAUGAAUGAAGUAAUGAAUUUAGCCCAUACAUUUCUACAGAAUUUCUGUCGGGGAAAUCCUCAGAAUCAGGUUCUUCUCCAUAAACAUCUCAAUUUGUUUUUAACUCCUGGUCUUCUUGAAGCAGAAACAAUGCGACACAUUUUCAUGAACAACUACCAUCUGUGCAAUGAGAUUAGCGAGAGAGUCGUGCAGCACUUUGUACACUGUAUUGAGACACAUGGUCGCCAUGUAGAAUACCUGAGGUUUUUACAAACAAUUGUAAAAGCAGAUGGCAAAUAUGUGAAAAAAUGCCAGGAUAUGGUAAUGACAGAGUUAAUAAAUGGAGGUGAAGAUGUGCUGAUAUUUUACAAUGAUCGAGCAUCAUUUCCUAUCCUUCUCCAAAUGAUGUGUUCUGAGAGAGACCGAGGAGAUGACAGUGGACCUUUAGCCUACCAUGUAACCCUUGUGGAAUUAUUGGCAGCAUGUACUGAGGGAAAAAAUGUAUACACUGAAAUCAAGUGCAACUCUCUUCUGCCUCUGGAUGAUAUUGUGAGAGUAGUAGCCCAUGAUGACUGUAUUCCUGAGGUUAAGAUUGCAUAUGUGAAUUUUGUUAAUCACUGUUACGUGGAUACUGAAGUGGAAAUGAAAGAAAUCUAUACUAGUAAUCACAUUUGGAAAUUGUUUGAGAACUUUCUUGUUGAUAUGGCAAGGGUCUGCAAUACAACUACAGAUAGGAAACAUGCAGACAUCUUUUUAGAGAAGUGUGUAACAGAGCCAAUCAUGAAUAUUGUGAGUGGCUUCUUUAAUUCUCCCUUCUCAGACAACAGCACAAGUCUUCAGACUCAUCAACCAGUUUUUAUUCAACUCCUUCAGUCUGCCUUUAGAAUUUACAACUGUACCUGGUUAAACCCAGUACAAAAAGCUUCAGUGGAGUCAUGUAUCAAAACAUUGGCCGAAGUGGCAAAGAAUCGUGGCAUUGCAAUUCCAGUGGAUUUAGACAGUCAAGUCAAUACUUUAUUCAUGAAGAGCCAUUCCAAUAUGGUACAGAGAGCAGCCAUGGGAUGGAGAAUGUCAGCUCGUAGUGGACCACGCUUUAAAGAAGCACUUGGAGGGCCUGCAUGGGAUUAUAGGAACAUAAUUGAAAAGUUGCAGGAUGUGGUGGGUUCUUUAGAACAGCAGUUCAGCCCCAUGAUGCAGGCUGAAUUCUCAGUGUUGGUUGAUGUGCUAUACAGCCCAGAACUUCUGUUUCCUGAGGGAAGUGACGCAAGGAUAAGAUGUGGUGCUUUCAUGUCCAAGUUGAUUAAUCAUACAAAGAAGCUCAUGGAGAAAGAAGAAAAGCUCUGCAUUAAAAUUCUUCAGACAUUAAGAGAAAUGCUAGAGAAGAAAGAUAGCUUUGUGGAAGAGGGGAGCACAUUGAGGAAAAUACUAUUAAAUCGUUAUUUUAAAGGUGAUUAUGGGACUGGUGUGAAUGGACACCUAUCAGGGACCUACAGCAAAACUGGGCAAGGAAACUUUUCUGGACAAGAUUCAGAUAAGAUGGGGAUAUCUGUAUCUGAUAUUCAAUGUCUUCUGGAUAAAGAAGGUGCAUCUGAACUUGUCAUAGAUGUUAUAGUGAACACCAAAAAUGAUAAGAUUUUUUCUGAAGGAAUUUUGCUUGGCAUUGCAUUGCUUGAAGGAGGAAAUACUCAAACACAGUAUUCAUCUUACCAGCAACUGCAUGAACAAAAAAAAUCUGAAAAGUUCUUUAAAGUCUUAUAUGACCAUAUGAAGGCUGCUCAGAAAGAGAUACGAUCAACUGUGACGGUGAAUACUAUAGACUUAGGCAGCAAGAAGAAGGAUGAUGAUAAUGAUCUGAUAGCAUCUAGUCCAAGAAUGAGAGUAAGAGAUCCAUCUUUGCAUUUAAAAGAGGGAAUGAAAGGGCAGUUAACAGAAGCAUCUUCAGCAACAUCCAAAGCAUACUGUGUAUAUAGAAGAGAAAUGGAUCCAGAAAUAGAUCUUAUGUGCACAGGAACAGAUGCUGGAAAUACAGAUGAAAAAUCUGCUGAUGAAGUAACAAUGAGUCCUACUAUUGCAAUCAUGCAACCAAUUCUGAGAUUUCUUCAACUUCUUUGUGAGAAUCAUAACCGAGAACUACAGAACUUCUUGAGGAAUCAAAACAACAAAACAAAUUAUAACCUUGUUUGUGAGACUCUUCAGUUCUUAGAUUGCAUCUGUGGAAGUACAACUGGUGGGUUAGGUCUGUUGGGGUUGUAUAUCAAUGAGAGGAAUGUAGCUCUAGUCAACCAGACCCUGGAGAGUUUAACUGAAUAUUGCCAAGGACCUUGCCAUGAAAAUCAGACUUGUAUUGCUACCCAUGAAUCUAAUGGCAUUGAUAUCAUUAUUGCACUGAUACUGAAUGACAUAAACCCUCUUGGUAAAUAUCGAAUGGACUUGGUGCUUCAGCUCAAGAAUAAUGCCUCUAAGCUUUUGCUGGCGAUUAUGGAAAGCAGACAUGACAGUGAGAAUGCUGAGAGAAUUCUUUUUAACAUGAGACCAAGGGAACUGGUGGAUGUCAUGAAGAAUGCCUAUAAUCAGGGUGUAGAAUGUGAUCAUGAAGAUGAUCGUGGAGAUGAUGGUAUUUCACCAAAAGAUGUUGGACACAAUAUCUAUAUUCUGGCCCACCAGCUGGCUCGCCAUAAUAAAGCAUUACAGCAGAUGCUUAAACCAGGGUCCGAUCCAGAAGAAGGAGAUGAAGCUUUAAAAUACUAUGCCAACCACACAGCACAAAUUGAAAUUGUUCGUCAUGAUAGAACUAUGGAACAGAUUGUUUUUCCUGUUCCUAAUAUAUGUGAAUACCUCACUCGAGAAUCCAAAAGUCGUGUGUUCAACACAACUGAGAGAGAUGAACAAGGAAGCAAAGUGAAUGACUUUUUCCAACAGACUGAGGAUCUUUACAAUGAAAUGAAAUGGCAGAAAAAAAUCAGGAAUAAUCCUGCACUGUUCUGGUUCUCUAGACACAUAUCUCUCUGGGGGAGCAUUUCAUUCAAUUUGGCUGUGUUCAUCAAUUUAGCUGUUGCUCUUUUCUAUCCAUUUGGAGAUGAUGGUGAUGAAGGUACACUUUCUCCAUUGUUCUCAGUCCUCCUCUGGAUAGCAGUUGCAAUCUGUACAUCUAUGCUGUUUUUCUUCCCCAAACCUUUUGGUAUACGACCGUUUCUUGUGUCCAUAAUGCUCAGAUCUAUAUAUACAAUAGGACUUGGACCUACACUGAUACUUCUUGGAGCUGCUAAUCUUUGUAACAAAAUAGUAUUUCUGGUAAGCUUUGUUGGAAAUCGUGGAACAUUUACUCGUGGGUACCGAGCAGUUAUCAUGGACAUGGCCUUUCUCUACCAUGUAGCAUAUGUCUUGGUCUGUAUGCUGGGUCUUUUUGUCCAUGAGUUCUUCUACAGUUUCUUGCUUUUUGAUUUGGUGUAUAGAGAGGAGACCUUGCUCAAUGUUAUAAAAAGUGUCACCCGAAAUGGUCGCUCUAUUAUUCUGACUGCAGUCCUUGCUCUCAUCCUUGUUUACUUGUUUUCCAUUAUUGGAUUCCUGUUUUUGAAAGAUGACUUUACAAUGGAAGUGGAUAGACUGAAAAACAGAACACCUAUUACAGGUAGUAAUGAAGUUCCUACGAUGACGCUAACUUCAAUCAUGGGAGCAUGUGCUAAGGAGAAUUGCUCACCCACAAUACCAAUUUCAAGUACAGUUGAGGAAGAUGAUGAAGAUGGGAUAGAACGGACCUGUGACACACUCCUGAUGUGCAUUGUUACUGUGUUAAACCAGGGCCUGAGGAAUGGUGGUGGUGUAGGAGAUGUUUUGAGAAAACCUUCUAAGGAUGAACCCCUGUUUGCUGCUAGAGUGGUUUAUGACCUUCUCUUUUAUUUUAUUGUCAUCAUUAUUGUCCUGAACUUGAUUUUUGGUGUUAUCAUUGAUACAUUUGCUGAUCUCAGAAGUGAAAAACAGAAAAAGGAAGAAAUUCUAAAGACAACCUGCUUCAUCUGCGGACUUGAAAGGGACAAGUUCGAUAAUAAAACUGUAUCAUUUGAGGAGCAUAUUAAAUCUGAACACAAUAUGUGGCAUUAUUUGUACUUCAUAGUUCUGGUGAAAGUUAAAGACCCAACUGAAUACACGGGACCUGAAAGUUAUGUAGCUCAGAUGAUUGCGGAGAAGAACUUGGACUGGUUUCCCCGGAUGCGGGCCAUGUCUCUGGUUAGCAAUGAAAGUGACAGUGAGCAAAAUGAAAUUAGAAAUCUGCAAGAGAAAUUAGAAUCAACCAUGAGUCUGGUCAAACAGCUCUCUGGUCAGCUGGCUGAGCUCAAGGAACAGAUGACAGAACAAAGGAAAAAUAAGCAGAGACUGGGCUUUCUUGGAUCAAACACACCCCAUGUGAAUCAUCACAUGCCACUGCACUGAUACCAUGGGGGGAAGCCGUGACUAGCCUUUCAUCAGCAUCCCUGCUUGAUUACAGAAUAAAGAACUGAGCUCGAGGGGAGUGAACAGUGCCUAUUGUUACAAACUUAAA